AGCACAAAAACACGCACAACACCCACUAAAAUACGCCUCUAACACGUUUCACAAAAUGGCGGCUUCAGCUUCAAUCAUCCCAUCAAACGCAACCGCCACUGCCAAAUUUCGCGCCACCUCAACCGCUGCCACCACCCCUCUCUCCCCACCCUCCGUCCUCAAAUUCCCCUCAAUUUCCCCAAACUACCCCUCCACUAAACCCCUCAUUUCCCAUUCUGCUCUUCCCCAUUUCCAACACAAGCCCCUUUCCGCCGUCACUCCCCCCAACGCCUCCUCCACUCCUCCUCCCACCGCCACCGCUUCCACCUUUCACGGCGUCUGCUACGUUGUCGGCGACAACCUAGACACCGACCAAAUCAUUCCCGCUGAGUAUCUUACCCUGGUCCCCUCCAACCCGGAAGAAUACAAAAAGCUCGGGUCCUAUGCUCUAAUCGGACUUCCCUCUUCCUACCAGACCCGUUUUGUUGAACCCGGCCAAUUCAAAUCGAAUUACUCCAUUGUCAUCGGUGGUGAUAAUUUCGGAUGUGGGUCUUCCCGUGAGCACGCCCCGGUGGCGCUAGGGGCGGCAGGAGUGGCAGCGGUGGUGGCGGAAUCUUAUGCGAGGAUUUUCUUCAGGAAUUCUGUGGCGACUGGAGAAAUUUAUCCAUUGGAAUCAGAAGGGAGACUGUGUGAGGAAUGUAGGACUGGAGAUGUGGUGACAAUUGAGGUUGCGGAUAACAAAUUGAUCAAUCAUACCACUGGGAAAGAGAAUAAGUUGAAGCCCAUUGGGGAUGCUGGCCCGGUAAUUGAAGCUGGUGGUAUAUUUGCUUAUGCCCGAAAAACUGGGAUGAUUCCUGCGUAGGAAAUUUGAUGGUCCUUAGGUUGCGAAGGUUCACAAUUUUGGCGUCCUGGCGAAAGGGUUGUACUACUCAACUUUAAGGUUUUUGGGCAAGGAAGCCCUUGUUUGGCUCUAUAGACUGUGUGUUGUAUGCUUGUGUUAUUAGUGACUUCUUGGUCUUCAUAACAUCGCUGAAGAUCCACUUAGCCCUGCUGUAACAGUUAUAAUACUUUUCAAGUAUUAAAUAAAAAUGACAGUUUCUGUAGUAAAAAAAAAAAAAAAA